CAUCAGUGCAAGUCAAGGCACAUCGCAGGAACCAGCGCCUGGAGGUAGAGGCGCGCGGAGCUGGAUGUGCAGAGUUGUGUGUGCUUGGAGAAGAAGCGCUCGGAGAGAGGCAGCCGAGCUCUGGUCUCUUGUGGAUCACACACAGGGACAAGUCGAGUUCACACCGCUGCAGCCCGAGCUGCACAUUUUUAAAAGCCAACUUUUUCUGUGCAACUGUUGCGCGUCUCCAAAGUCUGAGCACUGCGCGUCGCGGGGGCGCAAAUGAUCUGAUAGAGACUCUGGUUGGAACGAGUGUGUGAGAGUGUGUGAGAGUGUGUAUGUGUGUGUGUGUGUGAGAGAGAGAGAGUGAUCUCUCCUCCGGACUGUAACAGGCUCACGAUGAGGAACUUCUGAGGUGGCAGCCACUACUCCUCCGUCCGUCCGUCCACUUUUACGCGUCCGUUUUUGUUUGUUUGGCUGUCACCGAAAGGGUUAGCCCAUGAGCAGGUAUCCUCUCGAGCGUGAUUCUGUUUUCACCCAGAUCUCUGCUGCCUGGACAAAUGCAUACAAAUGCAUUUAGGAGCUCAACGGACAAGGAGUGGACACGUUUCCGCGGCAGCAACGUGGAACUUUCUCCUGCUCCUGUCAGUAUGCUCAGCAGUGCUCUCUGGAGACGAAGACUACCUAGCUCAAGGAGUGGAUAUCCUCUAUCGAUUGGGGCUCACUGCUCAAAGCAUAGACGAUCCCUACGAGAGGACAAGUUCACCUUCGACUACUCAAACCACUGUUCCCUCACAUUUAAAUCUUCCUGGUUCUGGAUAUGGGGUAUUACUCGACUCAAACUCCCUCUAUGAGGCUCCAGCGGAAAGUUUGUUCCCGCCGGAGAUUGGCGAGGAGUUUUCUGUCGUGGUUAGCGUAAGCUCCUGGCGAGCAAACAAUGCUUUUCUUUUUAGUGUUAAAGAUGGCAGGGACAGGCUGCGUUUUGGCAUUCAGCUGCUGCCGCGCAGAGUGGUGGUUUACACCGCAGAGAAAGCCUCCAUCUACUUCACCUACAACUGGCAGGAUGGGCGCCAGCAUCCUUUUGCUGUCGGAGUUCGUGCACACUCGGUGUCCUUCUAUGCGGACUGUGGGGCGGUGCAGCAGCAGGAGCAAACCCUUGGGAGAUCUCAGACGCUGUGGGAUUCUGGGGGUCUCUUCACCCUGGGGAGGAUGAACUCCAAAGCGGCAACGUUCCAUGGUCGAGUCUGCCAACUAGAUAUCUAUCCCUCAGCGCAGGCUGCCGCGCACUACUGCAGCUACCUGAAAAAACAGUGCCGACUGGCCGACACUUACCGAUUGCCUCUGCCACAUCCUGGUUUGGCUAUCGAGGCAAAUGACCCCCCGUCUGAUCCCUUCACAAACUCCCUUGUUGGAGUAGCAGCUACUCGUCAUACCCACACAGAAAUCACAGCAGCUGUCAAACUGUCCCCCGAUAGUUUGGUCACACAGAAAUUGGCUCUGAGCCAAACAGUGCAACCUCAUCCAGGGGACCAGAGCCAUGUCUCUGCGUUGGAUUCCCUUGCUCACUCCUCGCUUCGGCCUGAGACUCCCACCUCAUCUACCCUGAGUGCUCGAGCAGCUCUGGAUCUUGCCUAUAGCACAACUAUCACCAGCACCAAAGAGGUUUUGGUAAAAGGGACGAGGCCGCAGGGGGAUACUGAUUACUCUGAAAACAGCACAGAGGAAGGGAGCAGCUCCAGGAGCCUACAGACUCCAGAUGCCACCCCGGGCCUGAUUUCUCCCGUCAGGCAAAGUCGAGUGAAGGAAGGACUCAGGAACAACUCCAUCAGCAGCUCCAGGGACUCUGGCUUUGGGUCCCAACAGACUCAUCAGCUCCACCAGACUCAUGUGAGAGUCAACGGUACCACUUUGUACCGGGAUAAUCAAGUGGACACCUCAGAGCAGCUCGAUCUGGACGGCAGCUACGAUGACGUAGACAUGGGAGGAUAUGAUUAUGGAUAUGAGGGACCAGAAUUCUUCUACGACUAUGAGGAAGGUUUCAGCGGCCCCAAAGGAGAGCCAGGUCCUCCGGGUCCUCCCGGUCCCCCUGGUUUACCUGGUCCUCAGGGAAAAAGAGGUUCUCGGGGUCCCACCGGUCCACAUGGAAGUCCAGGACAGCCCGGACCACCUGGGCCCAAGGGUUCGAAGGGAGACCCCGGACUGUCUCCAGGCCAGGCUGUACCAGGAGAGAAGGGAGACAGAGGUCCACCAGGUUUGCCAGGGCCAGAUGGAUUCCAAGGUCUACCGGGUCCUAAAGGUUAUCAAGGCCCACUCGGAUUGCAAGGCGAACAAGGCAUACCAGGACCUCCCGGGGAAGCAGGGGCUGCAGGUUACCCUGGCAGGCAGGGCUCAGCUGGGCCACAAGGUAACCCAGGGCCUAAAGGUGUCCGCGGUUUCAUUGGGCUUCCUGGUGUUGCUGGUCCUCCAGGGCUGGAGGGGGAGAGAGGCAUUCCCGGUCCUGUUGGCAAAGCUGGCCGCAAAGGAAGACACGGUGUGGUGGGUGAUGUGGGCGAGAGGGGGCCUCCUGGUCCUGAUGGCAAUGAGGGGCCUGUUGGUGGGACGGGCAUCAGCGGCUUUCCUGGUCUCAGGGGGGACCUGGGGCCUGAGGGACCACGAGGGCUGCCUGGUAUGGGUGGACCUCAGGGCCCAGCAGGACAAGCCGGCCUGCCUGGAUUGAAAGGUGAUAAGGGUGAAGUGGGACCAAGGGGCGAACCGGGAGAGAUGGGUUACCAAGGUGAUAAGGGUUCUGCUGGUGCACCUGGUCCCACCGGGCCAAAAGGGAAACAAGGACCAUCGGGUAAAACUGGUGAGAUUGGAGCACAAGGGCUACCUGGGCCCCCAGGACCAGAGGGCUUUCCGGGGGACAUUGGAGUACCAGGGCCCAACGGUCCACCUGGGCCAAAGGGUUUGCUGGGAGCCAGAGGGCCCCUUGGCCCGCCAGGGCCAAAAGGAACGGAGGGUGAUGAAGGACCACUCGGCCCACCUGGCAGCGCUGGCCCUACUGGGAGACCUGGAAGGAAAGGCUACAUAGGCGAACCUGGCCCCGAGGGUUUAGAGGGAGAGAAAGGCGACAUGGGAAAUAUUGGAAAAAUCGGUCCACAAGGUCCACUAGGCCUGAUCGGAAUAGCUGGUGCGAUGGGAGAUCCUGGUGAAAAGGGCGACCGUGGACCAGCCGGUCCAACAGGCCCAGUCGGGGAGAAGGGGCCGGGGGGCUAUCCAGGAUUGCCAGGAAGUCCAGGUGACAUCGGCAUGCAAGGGGCGCUUGGUCCACAGGGGCCGAGGGGUAUUCCGGGCACUGCUGGGUCGAAGGGCAGGAGGGGGCCUCAGGGUCCAGAGGGCCCACUGGGAGAGCCGGGCCCCGAGGGCACCAAGGGUGAAAGAGGCGACAUUGGACACAAAGGAGAACCAGGAUUCAUAGGAAAGGCUGGCAGUCCAGGAGAGAGAGGCCCACCCGGAAAGGCCGGUAAGCCAAGUAUUCCAGGCAGCACCGGGGAGAGGGGACCGCACGGCGAACCAGGACCCAAAGGACCUCCUGGAGAAGCUGGACCUGAUGGAGAGCAAGGACCAGAAGGGGGCCCUGGUGCAGAGGGGGAACCGGGAGCCAUCGGAGAGCUGGGUAUAAAGGGUGAUGUUGGGCCUCUGGGAGCUGAAGGGGAGCAGGGACAGCAGGGGAUACGAGGUCCACCUGGUCCCCCUGGUGAAGACGGCUCUCAAGGGAAAGAUGGAGACAAGGGUGAGCCAGGUGAGCGUGGACCAAUCGGGGAGCCAGGUGACAAAGGGGUAGAAGGAGACCCUGGGCCCCCAGCACCACCUGGAGAGCCUGGGAAACAAGGCUUUCGUGGGCCUGAAGGAAAAAUGGGGCCACCAGGGAACAGAGGACGUCAUGGAAAGAAGGGAGAAAGAGGUCCUCCGGGUCUUGCUGGUGUGAUUGGCGACCGAGGCGACAUCGGGCAGCAGGGCGAGCCGGGCCUGAAAGGUGCCAGGGGAACUCGAGGCACACCAGGUCAGCUUGGAGUCAUGGGGAUGGAAGGACAACCAGGACUGGCAGGAUACACCGGUCACACUGGCAAGCCUGGGCCCAUCGGACCACCCGGGCCUAAAGGUGAAAAGGGUUACCCAGGCGAGGACAAUAGGAUUCCAGGACCACCAGGGCCCUUAGGUGAACCAGGGCCCCCAGGAGAACGAGGAGAGCGCGGAGAGCCAGGCGACGAAGGGUAUCAGGGUCAUAUCGGUACAAUUGGAUCGCGGGGGGCUUUUGGACCACAAGGCCCACCGGGAUCUCCCGGCCGCCCUGGAGAAUCUGGCCCAAAAGGAGAGUUGGGAGCUCAGGGCUCUGCGGGGAAAAAAGGAGCAAGAGGUCUGAGUGGAGCUCCUGGCAUUGAAGGGCGAAGCGGUUCACCUGGACUCGUGGGAUUGAUGGGAUACCCAGGGCUGGAUGGUCCCCCAGGACUGACUGGCUUACCAGGACUACCAGGAAAACAAGGACGCCAGAGUCCUCGAGGCUUGGUGGGACACGAGGGACCUGCUGGACGUCCAGGUCCCAGGGGAGACCUUGGACUUCCUGGACUACCUGGAGAAAGAGGGCCAUCUGGUCAGAAGGGGGAGCCUGGCCUGCCAGGGGACGGGGGAGCCUCAGGAACCAAAGGCUUGGAGGGCGCUACCGGUGACCAGGGCAGGGAAGGUGACCGAGGACCCAAAGGACAACCAGGCGAAGCUGGAGAUCCGGGGAUGGUCGGUCUACAGGGCUUUCCAGGGCCAAAGGGACCGAAUGGCGAUUUUGGAUUUCGAGGCUUCCCUGGUCCUAAAGGCCCGAUGGGGACUCUGGGAUUCACUGGACCUGUAGGCCCCGAGGGAAUGGUCGGCCCAGUGGGCAAACCUGGGCCGCGCGGUCCGAAAGGAAGCGGUGGUGAAAUGGGGCCUCAAGGACCAGAAGGAAGUCCAGGACCCAGAGGACCCCCUGGUGCUCCCGGUCCAACGAGGCAGAUAUACGAUGACUCGUCAGUCUACGGUCUGUCAGACUCUAAUGCUGCCCUCAGGACAGAGAGUUUCCAGAACACGGAGAUGAACCUGCCAGACCAGAGCACGGAGAUCCUGAAGACCCUGCAUUAUCUGAGCAGUGUGAUCGAGAGCAUCAAAAAGCCUCUGGGCACCAGGGAGAACCCGGCUCGCGUCUGCAAAGAUCUGCUGGACUGUCGGCACAAACUCAAAGACGAUUGGUUCUGGAUUGAUCCAAAUCUGGGCUGCACUUCUGACGCCUUCCAGGUCUUCUGCAACUUCACUGCAGGAGGACAGACCUGUUUACAUCCACUGGCCUCUAACAAGAUGGCGUUUGGCGUAGGGAAAGUCCAAAUGAAAUUUCUCCACUUGUUAAGCACUGAGGCCAGCCACGGCAUCACCCUCCACUGCCUGAGCGACCCACCUAAUGUCCCGGCGGGCAGCUUCGCCUCCGGCGGACCCGCACGUAAAGAAAACACCUCGCUUCGGUUUCGUGGCUGGAACAAACAGACGUUUGAGAAGGACACACUACUUCAACCACACGUGCUACAAGACGAGUGCAAGAUCCAAGACGGGAGCUGGCACCAGUCACGUUUCUUCUUCCACACUCAGGACAGUCGUCAGCUUCCUAUUGUAGACGUGCAGGAAUCCCCCACGUCGCAGCCCAACAGUCAGCGACACCUAGAAAUUGGUCCGGUCUGCUUCCUCUGACACCGACGACGCCGUCCUCUCGCCUGCUCACAUCAAACUACUUCAAUACAAGGCUGUUCUAAAAUGGCUGCCUGCCAAAGAGAAGCUCGAGACACCGAGCCUGAGCGAGCGUCCGUGGGAGUCGCAAAUUUUUUGUCAAAUGACCUUUGUCCAAUUUGAAGGCCGACCUGGAGGAACUCGAUCUCUGUGGAGAGCCAGAGGAGAACGGUGUAUACCAAUAUUUAUCGAAUAAAUGUGUAAAAAUAUGUUUUGUUUUUUUAAUCUCCAGUCAAAUGGUGCUUAGGUCGACUGUGCGUGGACCCACAUCAGUCCCUGGUCACAGGGGAGGGGCCUCACCAAGCAGCAGCCUGUCCAAACCCCAAAACUCACACCCCUCACCCCCCAAACACACCCAGACCAUCCUACACAGGGGCCCAACCCGAAGGAGCGUGCCCGGCCUCUACAUAGGAGCAGUGUCUAACUAAAGGUUUAUAUGAGUGCAAUAGCAUGUGGAUGAUGUGUGACUGCUUUUUAAAUAUUUCACUUUCCAAUCAGAGGCUUUGUUUUACGUUGUUUUCAUGAUAUUUUCAGUCCCGCCCAGUCGGACCUCUACCUCUACCUGCUCAUUUGCUUCUCUAGAAUAGUUGCUCAUGUCAAGUUAGUCCAUUUGUUUUUUUUUUUUGUUUUUUUUUUUUGCCUUUGUGUUGUAUGUACCGGUUACAUCAAGAUGUGUUAUGUUGUUUAAGUACUUAUGUUGAUUUGGUCAUUUUUAAUUUAUGAACCAUUUUCUUUUUUGAUUCACUACAUAUAUUUUUUUUUGUAACUUUUCCGUCUAUGUGGUAGGUUCUUCAGGGGAAACCUGCCAUUGGUGCUGCAACAAACAAUGAGUCAUCAGCGAGUUUUUACAUUUCCUGUGUAUAUAUUGACAGCAUACUGUAUGUUUAUUUAUAUCCUUCUGUUUUUUUGUUUGUUCUUGCUCACAUCACUGUAUCACAGUAAAUUAUACUCAGAGAAAUAUUUGGUCGACCACAACUCAGUCUAAAGAAGUAUUUAUGUUCUUGAGGUGUGACUUUUGUGUUGACUUUAGGUUUUAUCAUUCUGUUACAUUUCCGUUCAUCCAGUGGAGUCAGACACCCAAACAAAACAAGUCAUUUCAUAUUCUUAAGUUAUAUUACCUUGAACAAAGUGUAAUUAUAAAAUAAAAUCUGUGGCCGAUUGAGUUGGGUACUAAUGUGUAAAUAAUAAAUAAGUUGUCAAAACAA